GAUUUAUUUCCAGCACCCUCUGACGUCUCCUUGCACCCCACAGACUCUGUUGGAGUUGGCUCUGAGGCUGCUGGGUGUUUGUGCCCACCCGGUGUCACGGCUGUACUCCCAAUAGCUUUACAUUGUAACCCAGCUCAGCGCUGCGCUUGCAGCYGCAAAACGCGGAUAAAACGCGGAUUAAACGCGGAUAUUCCCAUCUUCCAGUGUGGGAUUCUUAUCCCAGUGGAUGGAUUUGGAGGACGGGGGACGCGAACCCGCGACUGAGCGAUCAGUCCGCCAACCAUAGAGAGGUGCGGGUAGARCGGCGGAGCGCGCGCCGCCAGACCAUGGUGGGAGGAUAGAGCGGCUCCGCCCGCGCGCUCGGCGCCCUCUCCCUCAGCGCCCCCAGGCGGGCGAGCGCGGCGGCGGCGGUUCCCAUGGAGAUGGAAGAUGGCGCCCAGGGGCCGCCAUCGCUCCUCCACUCCGCUGCAGGUCCUGCUCUUUCUCAACGGCUGGUACAGUGCCACGUAUUUUCUCUUGGAAGCGUUCGUGUUUGUGUACAAAGUGCUGCUCCUGCCCUAUCCCGUUUCCAACUUGGUGCUGGACGUGGUGCUGCUCCUCCUCUACCUCGGCAUUGAGGCCACACGCAUCUUCUUUGGCUCCAAGGGGAACCUGUGCCAGCGGAAGGUGCCGCUGUCCCUUAGCCUGGCACUUACAGUGCCAGCAGCUGUGCUGGCCGUGUACUACCUGCUGCUCCAAACAUAUUCCCUGCGCCUGGAAGCAUUCCUGAGCGCCAUCCUGCUCCUCUUCUACGGCCUGGAGCUGCUCCUGAGCCUCCUGGCGCUGCUCUCCUUCUCCAGCAUGGAUCCCUACUGAGGACACGGCACAGGGACACAGGGAAGCUUCACCUGUGCCAGCUCUGCUCCCCAGCCCCAGGAAGGGGGAGAAUCCCACAUUUCCCACUCUGCAUUUCACCUGCUGCCACCUGGACACAUCCCUUCCACCUUUGUCACUUCCACGUGGACACAUCCCACCCAUUUUUCCCGCUUCCCACCUCACCAGGAACCUGCUGCCACAUGGACUCGUCCCUCCGUUUUUCCACUUCCCACUUGACAUACUCCCAACCUGGAUACAUUGCUCUCACCUUUCCCACUUUCCACUGGACUCACUCCUCAGAGCUUGAGCUAGCUCAAGGUAUGAUGAAUCCUUAUUUUUUUCUACGACCUUCCAGAAUAAUUCACUAUUUUCCAAUAAAUAUUUAUUUUUACCUGGU